CCAAGCCGCCUGCUCGGCAUGGUCAGCGCGGCGUGGGACCAGGCCGGCGCCGUGGCCGAGCAGGUCCGCCGGCUGAACCUGUCGUUCCCGACCGCCGUGGCGGCGACGCCGGAUGACGGCGUGCGCGUCACCGCCUCGGUCCUGCUCGUGCCGUUGCAGACCAGGCUGGAGGUCGUCCUGGGGUUGGCUGCUGCGGCGGACGGUGGGGAGGGGAAUAGGAAUGGGAAUGAGAAUGGGAGUGGGGACGGGAUGCUGGAUGUCAUCGUCACGCCGGAGGUGCGGGUUGUGUAUGGGGAGCAGUUCAACGCCGGCAAGAUGACGGAGCUGUUGGCCGGGCGGAUUGGGGGCCCGGUUGGUGGUGGGAAGGACGGAGGGAAGAUGGUGGGCUGGGAUGAGGCGGUGCUCGAGCUGUACAAGAAGUUGUUGGCCAAGGCAAAGCAGAGGCGGUGAGUGAGUCGGUGUGGUGGACUUGGGCGGGAUGGGGGAUUAGGCGCAAGUGUUAGAGGGGGGCCGUUCGGCUCGGAUGGGAGGGCUAUGGGGGCUCGGUUGGGAUGAGAUCA